AUGAAACAGCGCAUCACAUACAUAGUGCAUAACUCCGACACCUUCUCGCCCGAGCAACUUGAAGUCGGGGCUGACAAGCGAGGUCCCGUGUUUGCGUUGAAGGGCAUCGAGGCGGCCAAGGAACACCGUAUCACACUUGGGUUGGAUGAGCUGCCUAAGCAAUUGAAAUUCUUCUUCUCACAAUGGCAUGAAAUGCAUCUGCGAUGGCAAUCGCCCAAAUCGUACAUUGCAACACCGCCGUUUACAUCACGUGCCUCACCGGGUCUGCACGCCUUCUUUACGCCGCUGGGUGAUACGUCUGACGAUGCGUUUUGCUUGGCACUUCAUGAGUUGGUGUCGUCCGAGUUGAAAUGUUCGACUACGUCGCAGAGUGCGACAAAGGUGCCUGUGCUGUCUGAGCGGUUUGCCAUGUCUGCUUCGUUGCAGUUUUAUGGGCAUUUGGGAGAGAUUGAGGGGAUGAAGGAGGACUUGCAGCGGGUGCUUUGUCGAGGGAAAGAGAAGGGGUAUUGUGUGGAUAUGGUGGGGGAGAUUGUUACGGCAAGGUAUGUUGAUGUGGAUUACGAUACCAUCUCACAGGCGGUGGUUGUGACUGCGGGAUGGCCGCACGCACACGAGGAAGGAAGGGGAUGGACCGAUGAGAUACGGUUACCGAGUAAAGACGCCACGGUCGAGAUAGGAGUGCUGAAUCUGGAGGGAAACACUGAUCCCGAAGACAUUCAAUUCGGUGGUUUCCUGACGGUGUUGGGCGAAGACGAGAAACCAAAACCCACACGCUUCCAAACCCCAACCCGCCACUAUCCCCACGUCGCCCCCUCCAAAAACCCCACUGUCAAACCAUCUCCCCACCCCCUAACCUACACCACCAGCCUCAACCAACCCACCGGUCUCCACCCAACCCUAACCCUCACCUUCCCCGCCCAAAACCUCACCACCCCAGCCCCCGGCUGCAAACUCCACACCUACCUAACCCUCCCCUCCUACCUCUUCAUCGACCAAUACCAAUUCAACGACUCCCUCUUCCUCGCCUCCAAGCACCUCAAGCGCCUGCGCUCCCUAUCCGGCGCCACCGACCUCGAAGCCCCCGACUGGUCCGUUUCCCCCUGGGGCUCAGCCGCCUUAUUCGAACUCACAGUGCCCAAACCUGAGAAGAUAGAGUACCCAGAGGUCGAUGUCGGCCCCGACGAGAACAUCUGGGAGGGCCUACCGACGCACAAAGAGAUUCCAGAAGGUGACUGGAACGUUAGUAUUCCGCUGCAUACACGCUACUUACCUGCUGCGCCGUCUACGCAUGCCACGUUGCCGGUGCCGUGGCCGGUGGUGUUUUGGGCGUGUAGAGCCGAGUCUGGGGCGCAGCAUCCGUCGAAUCCGUUUGAUAGGGUGCAUCUUGGGUAUGAGGGCUUGUUUGGGCCCAAGACGAGGUUUAUGACUGUGCAGCCUAAAGUUGAGGGCGAGAAGGAGCUGGUGGAGUGGAUUGAUGUGCCGGUGUUGGAUACGAGGCAAGCUGGGUGGGUUAGGGCAGGGACGAUGGGAGUGGUGUUUGCGGCGUUUUUGGGGCUGUGUUGGGUGUUGUUUGGGGGUGGGGCGAGGAAGGCAGGUACGGGGAAGAAGGAAGGUGAGGGGAAGAAGACGCAGUAG